AUGGCUGGUGAUCUUAAUUUGAAAAAGUCCUGGAAUCCAGCGUUGGUCAAGAAUCAACAGAAAGUCUGGCAAGAAGAACAACAGAAACUCGAUGAGUUGAAAAAAAUUAAAGAAAAGAAUUAUGAAUUUAAACAAGAACAGGAAUAUCUUGAAUUAUUAAAACUACAAUAUGGAGACAAUUUCGAUACUAAAGAUUUGAAGAAACUGGAGAAACUUAAAUUAUCUAAAUUGAACUGGAUGUACGAUGAUGUACCGUUUGAAAAUAAUGAACAAGUUGAAGAGAAUUCAAGUGGGUUUAUUGAAUCGAGCCUUGAAUUCACCGAAGGUAAAUCCAAAGUGGAGAACAUGUUGAAUGGGAAUAAUAAUAUGGUUUCAAGGAAAAGAGACCGAGGUGAUCAUAGUGAUAGAAUAAACAAAAUCAUAGGGGUGGGUAUGUCUAAGCCACAAAAGACAACCAGUUAUUCAGAUGAUCCAUUGGCCAAGAUAAAACAACAACAACAACAACAACAACAAGCACAACGAUCGUCACGAAAACCAGGUGAUGGCGAUAGACACAGACACUCUCAUCAUAAGUCUAGGUCAAGUUCAGAUAGAUCACACAAGUCCGGUUCUUCUGAAAGAUCACACAAGUCACAUAGUAGAAGCCGCGGGCAUGAAUCCAAAACUCCUCGUCAACGAGAUAGAUCUCCUACAAGGUGA